AUGUCCGGCCGAAGCGCUUAUGUGCGCAAGAAGAUCACUCAAGCCGAGAAGGAAAAGGCGAGGGCAAGAUCAAAUACCGGCGGCAUAAUAGGAGAAUAUGAAGACCUCACCAUCCCCGAGUUUCCGCUUCCCCAGACCGGCGCAUCUUUACCCGUUGGCACCGGCAUCGGCACUACAAAUGCACGCUUCCUCAAGUUCUCAGAGCCUCCACGCGACAUCAAGCCAGGCACACCCAGCAUAGGCAGUGGCAGUGGAAGCAGUGAGGGCGGCCGUCGUGACGGGAGCUCCGGCCCCCUAGACGACUUCGCCUAUGCCCGCGCCCGGAGACCUACCAUCAAGACGGAAGACGUCUCGGGCAUUGAGAAGUCGGGUUUGCGAAGCAGGCUGGACAAGAAGAGCGAGGAUGUACGGAGAGGCCUGGCCAAGACUUUCACCUUCAAGCGCAAAGACAAGGAACUCGACUUCCGUCCUGAAUCCGUCGCUACUGUACGCCCGGGUCAACAUCAGAAUCCCGCCCCAAUGUCUCCCACGGAGCUCGACUACACCUAUGAACAGUUCAACAUGGAUACGAUGCAGCAGAUGCACAUACAGCGGCAGAUGCACAUGCAACAGCAACAGCAACAGCAGCAGCAGCAGCAGCAGCAGCAGCAGCAGCAGCAGCAGCAGCACCAACACCACAUGCACCACAUGCAGCAUAUGAAUCAACAAAUGCGACAUCAGAAUAUGGAUCUGCCUACAUCACCACCCCCGGCAUCGAAGCUGCCUCCUGUGCCGACCACGCCGCCCAUCAAGCGAUGGAUCGGCGCUGGAAGACCUGUUCAAAGGUGGAAUAAGCUACGCAAAGACCCCGAACUAUGGGAUCCGAAUGGUGAUGUUCUCGUCUUCUUCGGGCACAAGGGCCAAGCCCCACGGCCGAACCCAUCCUUCAGACUAUCCUCACACAUAAUCGAAGCGACCGAAUCGAGGUAUCUCAUCACGUUGCUUCGGGAGGGCACAACCGAGGAGGACAUCUACAUGCCCCCAUCUCCACAGGGUGCACCACCCAUGCUUCGGCCACACAUGCGCGGUGGGCAACCGACACCACCCAUCUCGGAGGAUCUCGGCGAAGCUGAUGGGCAAAUUUCAUACGAAAUGUACUUCCCGACUCCUGCAAACAUGACCAAGACAGAACAACUCAGAAGCCAUAUUACAACAAGAAACGUCUUUGCCUUGCUCUACCACGCAUCUCUGGUCGGGUUGACGCUUCACCAGGCUCUCUCCGACCUGCACAUGCGAUUGGAUGCCUACAUGCCACCGGACGCGGACAACGUCGGCAUGAUCUUGAACUAUCUGUCAGCCCGGGGAAUAGAUGACGUGCGCAACGACCCGGAAACGGCUGUCAGCUUGCUGGCGUGGUCUGAAGGGUCAGCUGUGCGAUGGGAGGAGGGCUGGCGGGAGAGUUUUCUACACUGCGCCGGCAUGUACAGCCAGCUGGAGACAUGCGCCGACUUCAAAGACCUCACGCCCAUCACCCGCGCGCUCCUGGAGCGGGCAUGUCUCGAGACGCAGCUCCGCGUCCAGGCGGCCGAAGAAAGACUCGUGGAGUUCCAGUAUGGCGACCUGUGGCCGGCAGGUGUUGGUGGUCAGGCAAAGGCGGCUGCAGACCGUUUACAAAAGUUCUUCUUGAACCACUACCUUCACUCACAAGGAGCGUGGCCGCCGGCUCAGACAACUGGUCUCCCAGACUCCGACGGCGAGGACAUGUGGCUUACAAGGAGCGUGGCACAAUCAUUGCAAAAGGACUUUGGGGCGCUGUAUGACUACCUCGUCAACCGCGACAUUGUCUGGGACAUGUCCGAGGCGCGAUCAGGGCGCAAAUGGAUGAUACAGAGCGAAAAGGACAAGGGAUUUGACGCCGACAUCGACAUUCCCAUCACAGACAUCCUCGUCGAGUUCGACAAUAAGAUGCGGUUUCCACAUAUCCCUCAUCCAUACCCCAUGGUACCCGAAUCCAUUCCGCCAGCGCCGUCAAAGGAGAGCUCCAUGUUCAAGAAGAAGACUGGCGCAGGUGCCAACAACGGUGGCCGAGCGGGUGCCCUGGAACGACGAGUUCAGUUGGCAUACACCGAGGCCACUAACAUUUAUAUCCUUGGUUCUGACUUUACACAAUCGGACCUAAUUGACGCCUUUGUGAAAUUCGAAAAGAGCGACAGUGUCACUGAGGUCGAUCCGGCCGUAGCCCGACGGGGACGUUGGGUUCUGAUCUACGGCAUUCUACAGACGCUGGCGAGUGUGUCGGUGGACGCCCCCAACGUGCGAUACCGCGACGGAGUGCCGUAUCAUCUGUCUCCGCGCCUCAGGGGCACAAGAGUCCCUCCGUGGAAGGGCUCCAGCACGACAGACGAAGCCUCGCACGAGCUAUCUCACUGUUGGAUAGUACAGCUCAGCUGGAACACGCCGAACAACGGCGGCGCUGAGAGUUCGGGUGGAUCGGGCAAUACCAGUCCAGUGCAAAACCUCGCCCGCCCAUUUGCGUACCCGCGCGCCCCGGCUUCGACGACAUCGCGAGGGUCUGGGUAUCAGACGACCAGGACCCGAUCCAUCCACUCGACGGGUUCGGCGCCUCAUUUCAGCUCGGCGUACAGCGUCGUUAGCGAAAGCGACACAGCCAGCAGCAUCCGUACACCAGCAUCCAGUCGACCUGGUACCAACAUGAAGAGAGCGCAGUCGCGAGAUAAUGUCAAGGGCCUGGGCGGCGGACCGGGAAGCAUGCGCAGUGCCGCCACGUUUGGCGGCACCGGCGCCGGCGGCGUAGAGCGAGGAGAGGCAAUGGAACUGCCCAUUCGAAGGCGUGACUUGAGCGCCUUCUUGGAUAAUAACGGCUCCCACGGCAAUUAUGCGCGAUCCAGCAGCGCCUCGCAGCACGAGCAGCAGUCGCUCCCCUUGCCAAGCAACAUCACGGGAUCAGGAGGCUUCCUUGCAUUCGACGACACGUUGGAUAGGAAGAGCGCGCGGGGUGGGUAUAAUCAUGGACGAGUGAAGCGCGAGGGGUCUGAGACGGACAGCAUGGCGCCACGAAUUCGGGACUUUGAUUUGGAUGUGAUUGAUGAUCAUGAGCCAUGA